AAACGCCCACGGACAAUGUGCAGCUGUAGUGACGCGUUGGAAGGAUUGAGUAGGGAUCAUGUGAGCAGGAGAUUGAAUCGUGAAGUGAAUUUGCUAACGGGGCACGUGUCAUCGCUUUGGGGAACUACGUGGCUUGUUCAUUCGAUGCGGAAUUACGAGAAGCAGAAAUUCGAUCGCUGAAACUGAAGAAACCGGAAUUCCAACUAAACGGAUUUCCAUUCGCGUCUAGUCUUCCCAUUUCACCGGGAGUUGAUUAUUCUACUUAGACAGUGCUGUUUCGAAGAUCUUAAUGAUUCUACAUUGUUAUUAUGGUAAAAAAUAUUAGUAUAUCAUCAUGGCUGGGCUGGAAGAGCUGAAAAAGAAGCUUACUCCUUUGUUUGAUGCUGAAAAAGGCUUCCCAGGUGGAACAACCUUGGAUCUUUGUGAGUCAUAUAUGUUGUCAGAUGGUGGGACUGUUAACUUAUUAAGCAGAUCUUGUGGCAUUUACAACAUCAAUGAGCUUGGAUUGCAAAAGCGCACAUCUGUGCUUAUAGAUGAAACAGAUAAUAGUGAGAAGACAUACCGAUGUGCUUCUCAUGAAAUGCGUGUAUUUGGUGCCAUAGGUAGUGGUGCAAGCAGUGUUGUUCAGAGAGCCAUCCAUAUACCCUCUCAUAGAAUUUUAGCACUAAAGAAGAUCAAUAUCUUUGAGAAGGAAAAGAGGCAACAACUUCUUAAUGAGAUACGGACAUUAUGUGAAGCACCUUGUUAUCAAGGUUUGGUGGAAUUCCAUGGGGCAUUUUAUACUCCUGACUCAGGGCAGAUAAGUAUCGCUUUAGAGUACAUGGAUGGAGGGUCCCUUGCAGAUGUCUUAAGAGUGCAAAAAUGUAUACCAGAACCAGUUCUUUCAUCUAUGAUUCAGAAACUGUUGCAUGGAUUAAGCUACUUGCAUGGAGUACGACAUUUAGUUCACAGAGACAUAAAGCCUGCAAAUUUGCUCAUAAACCUCAAGGGGGAGCCCAAGAUCACUGAUUUUGGCAUUAGUGCUGGUUUAGAGAAUUCAAUGGCAAUGUGUGCUACUUUUGUUGGCACUGUAACAUACAUGUCACCAGAGAGAAUUCGAAAUGAGAGCUACUCUUAUCCAGCUGACAUUUGGAGCCUUGGACUAGCUCUAUUUGAGUGUGGUACAGGAGAGUUCCCCUAUACAUCCAAUGAAGGACCAGUUAGUCUUAUGUUACAGAUCUUGGAUGAUCCAUCUCCUUCACCAGCAAAAUACUCACUUUCUCCAGAAUUCUGCUCGUUUAUUGACGCUUGCUUGCAGAAGGAUCCAGAUGCAAGACCAACAGCAGAGCAGCUCCUCUCUCACCCUUUUAUUACAAAGUAUGAAAAUGCAAGAGUAGACCUAGCAGCAUUUGUCAAAAGUGUCUUUGAUCCAACACAAAGGAUGAAGGAUUUAGCUGAUAUGCUUACCAUCCACUACUAUUUACUUUUUGAUGGACCUGACGAGCUCUGGAAUCAUAUGAAAGGCUUGUAUAACGAGUCUUCAACUUUUAGCUUCUCAGAGAAGGUACACAUAGGCCCAAAUAAUAUCUUUGCAGCAUUGUCAAAUCUACGGAGGACAUUAACUGGUGACUGGCCCCCUGAAAGACUUGUACAUGUUGUGGAAAAACUUCAAUGCCGUGCACAUGGCCAAUAUGACAUUGCAAUUCGUGUAUCAGGGUCUUUAAUUAUUGGUAAUCAGUUCCUUAUUUGUGGGCAUGGGAUGCAGUUAGAUGGUAUGCCCAAUUUUCAAGAUAUCCCUCCUGAUUUAGCAAGCAAACGAAUGGGAACGUUUCAGGAGCAGUUUAUCAUGGAGCCAAGCAGUGUUAUUGGACGCUACUUUAUUGCCAAGCAAGAACUGUAUAUAAUUCAAUAGAAAACUAUCAGUGGCCAUCUCUUUUCCUCCAAGGCCUUCCUGCACCAAGGAAAAUUUGCUCCUGAACUAUUUGACUUCAGGGUGCUCUUCACAAAUAUCUGUUGCCAGUAUUUAUCACUUAUAAAGCUCUCCGUUUGUGAGAAGUAGAUACACGAUUCACAAGAAAGAUCAAGGUUAUGGAUUGGAUUAGAGAAAAGGUGCCAUGUGAAGUGUCAUGAAUGCCAAACUAACUGAUUAUGAAUCAAACAGUAUUGAAUUUGAAGUACAGGUCAGAUGUGCUUGCAAAUGGUAUCCAGCUUCAUAUCUCUCCUUUGUCAGUUCGAUUAUUACUCGAUCAAGUAUCCAUUCAAGUUCCAAGCUGAAUUGAAAACUCAAGUUUCUGAAUUUGCAUAGCCAUAGAAUUGUACUGAUGUGCUGAAAUAUUUUAGGACUAAUUCCAGCAAAUCACGAAUAUCUUUUGCAAAUUGUUCCUGUGCGCGUGCUAA